AUGGAGAUGUGCAUGGAUGACAAGUGGAAGCUGUCCAAGAAGGGCAGCCGGAGGUCGGGGACGGUGGCACCGGCAGCGGCCCCCAGCAGUCCGGUGGGGCUCAAGGGCCGGACGGCGAGGGGCUCCGGCCGAUCGGUGCCUGGGCGGCUGGCGAGCCUUGCCAAGGAGCAGAGGGCCAGGUUCUACAUCAUGCGCCGCUGCGUCACCAUGCUCGUGUGCUGGCGGGAUUAG